AUGCUCCGCCCCCUUUUCCUCCUUCUGGCUACCGUAAUCCUGCUCUCGGACGCUUGCGGCUCUUCCGGAGCGUGCGGAUGCUGUGGGUGCAGAGCCCGAGCGAAAGCGCGUGCUUCGAAGAGAGUCAGCGGAGAUAUUGUGGAGAAUUUCGACGAGAAGGACGACGGAAACAUCUUCGGACUCCGAGUUUGGAACGACUCCAGCACGGUCAACGAGAAAAAUCUGCCGAAAUUGACGGUAAUCAGCAUUUUCUUGGAGAAAAUUACCGAUUUUUGCAGAAUCCGAACCACUUGUUCCACAUUUGUUGCGAAGAACGUCAAUUGCCGCCCGCCUGCGUCCAAAAGUGUCAUUUCAACGUUUAUAAUAAGGAAGUGGUGCGUGAAUUUAUGACAUUCCGGGAAAAUGCGGAAUUUUCGCGAAACGACGUGAAAUGCGCUCUACCGCGAAUUUUUCGAAAAUUUGCAGAAAUUUGAUGGAAAUAACAGCGCAAUGCAUACUUUUUGUGAAUUUUUCACGCAAUUGUGACGAAAAAUUCGAAUUUUCCCCGAAAUUCGCUGUAAAAAGAGCACAAGACAGAUUUCUAGAUGCGCUACAACGCAAAUUUUACGAAAAAGUCAAUUCAUAGCGAGUUAAAAAAAAAUCUGCAAAAAACGAUUAUUGAAGCAUUUUCCUGCCAAUUUUUGAAAAAAGUGCGGUAGAGCGCACUUGCAAAGCCCGUAAAAAAUGCCGUUUGACAGCUGGAAUCGAUGUUCUUCGGCACGAGUGAAUGCCCGCUGGAAUUCCUGCCGGAAAUGCAAUUCUGCGCCGCGCAGGGCAAAGAUCACAGUGCGGUGAGUGCGGUAGAGCACACUUCCAACCCGAAUUCCGUGAAUUUCAGUGUUGCUCGGAAAGCCAGGUGGACGGCACGACUGCGGGCAGCAAGUGCCUGACAUUCUGCGAUCAGAGACCGGACAUUUACACGCCUAUCGACUACAGCUACGCGCCGUGUCUCGACAGGUUCUGGGCCGAUCCGAGCGAACGGACAGUAUUGGGUGAUUUGCAGGUUCGAGGACAUGAAACGAUGCUUUUACGACACCGUGAAGACGGACGCCGUGCGGCAUUUCGAGACGCGCAAGCAGGAAAAACAGUACAAACCAAUUAUUUAUUAA